GGCCAGCCUCUCUGCCUAUCAGUCUCUCUCCCGGUCUCUCACAUCUCUAUCUCUCUUCUGUGUGUGUGGAGCACAGAAAAAGAUGGAGAGAGAAGAAGAAGAAAUAAAGGUAUCACUAGGGUCACCAUUGAUUCAGAUAUCUGAAGAAGAAGAUGGGUUCACAAUCAGUUGUAGUAGAGAGGGAAGGAUUACUAGAAGGGAAGUUUUUGAAGAAGUAAGAAAGCAGCUAUGGCUGGCAGGGCCUCUGAUAACUGUGAGUCUAUUACAAUAUAGUUUGCAGAUGAUAUCUGUGAUGUUUGUGGGUCAUCUUGGUGAGUUGGCUCUCUCUGGCGCUUCAAUGGCCACUUCUUUUGCAACAGUCACAGGUUUCAGCUUGUUGAUGGGAAUGGCAAGUGCAUUAGAUACCUUAUGUGGCCAGUCAUAUGGAGCAAAACAGUAUCAUAUGAUGGGUAUACAAAUGCAGAGAGCCAUGUUUGUUCUUUUCCUUGUAAGCAUACCUCUUGCAAUCAUUUGGGUGAACACAAGAUCUCUUCUAAUUCACUUUGGUCAAGAACAUGAUAUAGCAACCGCGGCUGGAGAAUAUGCCUGUUUCAUGGUCCCAAGUCUUUUUGCCUAUGCUUUUCUGCAAUGCCUUGUUAGAUUCUUACAAACGCAAAACAUUGUAUUUCCAAUGAUGAUAAGCUCUGCAUUCACUGCUUUACUUCACAUUCUUAUAUGUUGGAUUCUAGUAUUUAAGUCUGGACUUGGAUAUAGAGGAGCCGCCUUGGCAAACGCCAUCUCCACUUGGAUCAAUGUGUUACUGUUGGCACUUUAUGUCAAGUUCUCUUCUUCAUGUGUAAAAACCUGGACAGGUUUCUCAAAGGAGGCCUUUCAUAAUAUUUUCACUUUUCUGAGACUUGCUAUUCCGUCAGCUGUUAUGGUUUGCUUGGAAAUGUGGUCAUUUGAAAUGAUGGUUCUCCUAUCAGGUCUUCUUCCUGACCCGACGUUACAAACUUCAGUGCUUUCAAUUAGUCUUAAUACAGCUUCAAUAGUUUGGAUGAUCCCCUUUGGACUCAGUGGCGCAGUAAGUACUAGGGUCUCAAAUGAAUUAGGAGCAGGGCGUCCUAAAAUUGCGCGUUUGGCAGUAUGUGUUGUAUUAGUGGUUGCCAUCACAGAGGGUCUGUUGGUUGGAUCAGUCCUGAUACUGAUACGCAACGUUUGGGGUUAUGCAUAUAGCGAUGAAACACAAGUGGUCGAAUAUGUAGCAGGCAUGAUGCCAAUUCUUGCAAUAUCCAACUUUUUAGAUGGCCUCCAGUGUGUUCUUUCAGGCAAUGCUAGAGGAUGUGGUUGGCAGAAGAUUGGAGCAUAUAUCAACCUCGGGUCAUACUAUAUAGUUGGAAUUCCAGCUGCUAUUUUAUUGGCAUUUGUCUUCCACCUAGAAGGAAAGGGGCUCUGGCUGGGGAUCAUAUGUGCGCUCGUAGUCCAAGUGUCAUCACUUCUCACUAUUUCCAUACGUACUAAUUGGGAGCAAGAAGCAAAGAAGGCUACAGAAAGAGUCCAUGACUCAAUUAUUCCUGUGGAGAUAAUCUCUUGAAGCUGAAGUGUGACUACAACAGAGAAAACUUAUUACUAAUUGGUGGUUAAGGAAUAGAUCUUAAGAAGUUUUGGGAUCUUAAGAUUGGAACUUUACAUGCUUUAAUGAUUCAGUCAAGGUGUUUGAUCUUUAUAAUCAUUGGCAGAUUUUGCGAUCAAAAGAUGCAGCUGACUAGUGGCUCAAAUUGGUACUCCAACCCCAAGUUUUGAUGUGUUGGGAACCCUUUUUUUAAGAGGAAAAGAGAAGAUAUAAGAGCAGGACUAAAAAGUGCCUUGAUCAAAAGGCUUGUUUCUUCCUACUUCUUACUGAAAUGUGAAUGUGCUUUCUUCUGAAUAGCAUAAACAUGAACUUCCUUAGAAAUGCAUUUGCUUUCUAACUUAAAAAUUAAUAAGAGCAGUUCUAGUUGUAUAAAACAUUUAUUUAUGCAAAUGGUUAAUUUUAUUUCCUGCUUA